CAUUUUGGAAACAUUGUGUUCGCGCCACUGUUGGACUUUCCUCUUUUUUUUUUUUUUUUAAUUUGGCCAGCCAACAUGUUCGUGCAGCAAAAGUGUUGUUGUCACUCUAGGAGCGGGAAGAAGAAGGGAGGGGGUUUGUUCUGAAAUUGGCCAAGGGACAUUUGAACAUUUUUAACAUUCCCGCCCUAAGCUUUUAAAAGGGGUGUUGGUGCAGUGUAGCGGUCUUAUUUUAAUGGACUGCAUCAGAUUGUUUUAUAUUUAAUUUAAAGGGUUACAUGAGAUGGAUGUUCGUGUUGUAAUUUGAAGGUUCAUCAAAUCUCUUACUAAGGGCUGCAGCAGAUAUUGAUAAUAGAGCAGCUCCGAGCAGAGAAAAUUGCGUUCUCGUGACGCGGCUCGGUGCAGGCGCAGUAAAGAGACAGAAUUGUUCUAUGACCUGGCUCGUAACCUACCCCUACCUAGACGUGUCGCAACACACCUGGACAAGGCAGCUAUUAUGAGGGUCGCCCUCAGCUUCCUGCGCAUGCACCGCCUCCUUCAUACCGGAACAGAGAGUUCAAGUAUGUCUCAGGAGGAACAGGAGGAGGACCCGGCAGAUGUCCUGUACUCUCAGGCGCUGUCGGGCUUUAUCCUGGUGAUAACGGUAGAAGGAGACAUGAUUUACCUGACUGACAACGUCAGCAAGCACAUCGGCAUCCCGCAGUUGGAGCUUCUGGGUCAAAGCGUGUAUGACUUUGUUCAUCCAUGUGACCAGGAAGAUCUCAGGGACUUCCUUUUGCACCCAGCAUGUGCCAAAAAAGUGGGCAGGGCUCAGCUGAGAGAGGGAAACUUCUUCCUCCGAAUGAAGAGCACGUUGACCAACAGGGGGCGCAUUGUUAACAUAAAGUCAGCGAGCUGGAAGGUGUUCCACUGCACAGGUCGCAUGUGUACGCUGGGUGACUGGUGUGAGGCGCCGCCCGAGGAUAUGGUGAUGACGCUGCUCUGCGAGCCUAUUCCCCACCCAUCCAGUGUGGACUUCCCCCUCGACACGCACGCCUUCCUCUCUCGCCACAGCAUGGAUAUGCACUUCACACACUGUGAGGGCAGGUUGGGUGAACUGGUGGGAUACGAGUUUGACGAUCUGAUCGGCCGCUCUGUGUUCGAAUUCCAUCAUGUGCUGGACUCGGUUCAUGUCAACAAAAGCCUGAAAACAUUGUUGACCAAAGGACAGGUGAGUACCAGCCCCUUCCGUUUUCUGGCAAGCGGCGGUGGCUACGUAUGGGCAGAGACGCAAGCCACUGUGCUGUACAAUAACAAUUCAUCGCAUGCUGAGGCUAUAGUUUGCCUCAACUUCAUUCUCAGUGCUGUGGAGGAGUCAGACAUGGUUUUUUCCUCUGUGCAAAUCCACGCCGGCCAUCGUCUCAAAGCCGAGCAACUUAAAUCAGAGAGCCUCAAUGAGGACAUGAGCGCGAGUUCGAGCAGCGAUAGCACGUCUGAGAAUCUUUUCCCACCCACUCCAGAACAUGCAGAUGCCGUCGCCCCCUUGACAGGAGACUUUUUGAUGCUUUCCUUCGCUACGCCACACAGCCCGAGCAAAGUCCCCGAGGACCCUGAGCAGCUUUGCACGCCAGAGCUGCGCCAGCUUCUCCUCCCCAUCUUCAAUCCUGACACGCCGCCACAGUCUUCAUCUUCAUCAAAUUCCCAGUCAGCGCCGAGUCCAAGUGACAGUGAUAACGUAUUCGGCUCCAGCGAUGUGGAAAAAUUCUUUGCCUUUUGGCCAGAAGAUGGUGACAAAAAGCAGGAUAACACGCAGCAGGUGAUGGACAGCAUGGAUCUGGACAUGUUGGCACCUUACAUCUCUAUGGAUGAUGACUUCCAGCUCAGCUUCUUUAGCCCCGCUGUCCUAGAGGAGAACACUGACGUUAACACAGAGAUGCUGCCAGAACUCACCGCCGUCAAAAGAAAACGUGCUCACAAUCCGGAUGAAGAUUGUCUGUCCCAACUGAAAGCGACAGAUGACAAACGUCCCAGGUGCGAUGCAGGUGAUGCUUCGCUGGAGGACAAGCUACUGCUUAGCCAUGCGCUACUGGGCUGUCUGGAGCAGAGCCAAUCGAGAAGGGACCCGUGCAUCAACGGGCGGAGUCCUCUUCUUACAGACAAGGACCCCAUCUUUGGGGACAUGGGAGGAAUCUGUGACACUUAAGUGCUGAUGUUGGACGUCUUCAAAUAUCAACCGCCCCCCGACUUGUCUCCAAUGUCUUGAGCAAGCAGUUGUCUUUAUGGUGCUCUUUGUCUUCUGACUUCAGUGGCCACUUAGAUGUUGGCUAGCCAACCAGUAACAUCUUGAAUUCAGAAAAUGAAUGCGCACACUCCCAUGAUGCUUUGCUGUUCUCAAUCACAAAAGCCAUUCAGUGACAAUUUUGAAUAAAACUUAAUAACUAAUCAAUGUACAUUAACAUAGUCUAUAUUAUCAACUUUUAGGGGCAUUUAUCUUCUUUCCUGCAUGUGUCAGGCAAAUUGCAGUCUUUAUUUGUUUGUUUUUUUUUAUUACAAAUAUCUAUGUACUCAGUUUUUGUGUUAUCGAGUGUACUCUAUUAUGGACAUGCACUUGUUCAGUAGCACGUUAAUAUAGCAGCUGAUAGAUUUUUUACCUACUGUAAAUGGAUUAAACUAGGUUUUUCUUCUUCUUUUUAAUAUUUUAGAAAUGUUUUGUAUGAAUUUAUUGACUGGUUUAUAGCUACUUUCAGUGAUGUGAAAGAUUGUUUUUACUGUUUCUAUUGAAAUAAAAGGUUACGUUCAACAAAAAAAGUAUUCAUUGUGUUCACAUCUACAAUAACCUGAAAGUUUUACAUGUAUGCACAUACGUAAUAUAUGUCAAGGUUAUCCAAUGUUUACACCAGUUUUGUGAUAUAAAACGAGACCUGAUUCUUAAAAAAAAUUCAAAACCGUAUUUUCCAUUAUUGUGGUGUACAGCUACCUGUUUCUUUUACCUUCUCAGAGAAGUAAUCAUAGUCAAUUGCAAUAAUAUGGGUGCAGAAGUGUAAACAGCCUAACACUUGGUUUGUCUUCAGAAUUCACCAAUUACUGUAUUCAAACGUCUCAAAUAAUUGUCAGUAUGCCAUAGACCUGCUGCAAUUUAAAGUGUACCUGUAAUCAUGUUUUACCGUUUUCCUCGGCUUUUUUUAUGUGCUAACAAACUGAUUUUUUGAACUGUUGCUAAUACCAGUCGCCUUUCCAAGGCUGCAAUUCCAAAUGAAUAAAACUGCUGAUGCUGCCAACUUAA